CCGCCGGCCGCCGCCAUGGAGCCGCCCCGCGCCAAGGAGCCGCCGGGGGAGCCGCCGCCGCCCGCCUCCCCGCAGGCCCCGGGGGCGGCGGCGGGCGGGGGCCUGUUCGGGUGGCUGCGGGGCCGCUGCCUGGGCCGGGGGCUCUUCGUGGACCCGGCCCGCGACAAUUUCCGGGCCAUGACCGGGCUGUACAGCUCCAUCCAGCCCGCCGACUCCGUGUACCUCAGCACCCGCACGCACGGCGCCGUCUUCAACCUGGAGUACUCGCCGGACGGGUCAGUGCUAACUGUUGCUUGUGAACAGACUGAAGUCCUGCUUUUUGACCCCAUAUCUUCGAAGCACAUCAAAACUCUCUCUGAAGCUCAUGAGGACUGUGUAAAUAAUAUCAGGUUUCUGGAUAAUCGACUGUUUGCAACUUGCUCUGAUGACACUACGAUAGCACUUUGGGAUCUGAGAAAGCUAAACACAAAAGUGUGCACUUUACAUGGUCACACGAGCUGGGUGAAGAACAUUGAAUAUGACACGAAUACCAGACUACUAGUAACAUCAGGGUUUGAUGGCAAUGUGAUCAUAUGGGACACCAACAGGUGCACCGAAGAAGGAUGUCCUCACAAGAAGUUUUUUCACACCCGUUUUCUGAUGCGGAUGAGACUGACACCAGACUGUUCAAAAAUGUUGAUCUCCACCUCCUCUGGAUAUCUUCUGAUUUUGCACGAUCUUGAUUUAACCAAGUCCUUAGAGGUUGGCAGCUAUCCAAUAUUAAGAGCCAGAAGAACUACGUCAAGUUCAGACACAACAGCUACCAGUUCAUCUGGUCCUAGAGCUGUGGGUUCACCAUGUCACCAGAAUGAUUCCGGUCCAUUGUCCGAGAAACACAUGUCACGACCCUCCCAACGAGAAGGUGGAUCUCCACGAAAUAGUCUUGAGGUUUUAACACCAGAAGUUCCUGGAGAAAGGGACCGUGGUAAUUGCAUUACAUCGCUGCAGCUCCAUCCCAAAGGAUGGGCUACUCUUCUUCGGUGCUCAAGUAAUACAGAUGACCAGGAGUGGACCUGUGUGUACGAAUUCCAAGAAGGAGCCCCAGUGCGCCCUGUCUCACCUCGUUGUUCUCUCCGAUUGACUCACUGCAUUGAAGAAGCCAAUGUAGGCCGGGGUUACAUCAAAGAACUUUGUUUCAGCCCUGAUGGUCGAAUGAUUUCCUCCCCGCAUGGCUACGGGAUCCGCUUGCUGGGAUUUGACAUGCAGUGCAGUGAACUUGUCGACUGUUUGCCCAAAGAAGCCGGUCCCUUGCAGGAAAUCCGCUCUCUGUAUUCACACAACGAUGUGGUAUUGACGACCAAGUUUUCUCCAACACAUUGUCAGAUUGCCUCAGGGUGCCUUAGUGGACGUGUUUCUUUAUAUCAGCCAAAGUUCUAGGCACAUCUUGCAUCAACAGGAACUUCACAGAUGUUUGUUUUUAUAAUUACUUCAGUUUGGUUGAAGUGUGUUCUUUUUAAAGAAAAAUCUUGUAAAUGUGGACAAGAUCAUAAUUACUAUGGUCUGUGAACAUUGCGAUGACAUGAGUACUCAGUCCAGCACUGUAUGUGUUCUGACACUACACGUCAGGCUCUGUGCAUUCUGUUUUCAGCCUUCCAUGCAAACCUCUGCUUCUGAUGAUCCAGUGCCACUGAUUUCAAGUCUUUCUGGUUGGGUUUCACAGUAGCACUUGUUGGUCUUUCAGCGUGACUUAGGGUGGACUAUCUGCAAGAUGUCUCGCUAGGGCUGAGGGAAUUGUUACACCAAACAAUGCCCACACGUUUCCUGCUGGUACGAUCUUUCCUUGCCAGAAAGGAGCUGGACUUCCUGACAUCCUCUCACUUGCCCUCCUAUUGCUGUAACUUUUUUCUCUACAACAAUUAGGUAAUGGAGCUGUUCUCCUGCGUACUAGAUUAGUUUAGCCACAAAGAAAAACACUUUCCUUUCACAAUAUAAUGAUUGACUAGAAAAAUGUUGUCACCUUUCUGUAAUGUUUUGCUAUAGUUAAAUCUCUUAGCUUGUUUUCCUUAAUGUGCAUAUAUUGUGUUUAUUGCAAGAUGGUAAAAGAUCAGGAUGGAGAUGCAUUUCUGCAGUGAAUUCAGUAGGAAGACAUUGCUGUAUUGAGCAGGGAAGCCGGAGUUGAUCAUUGCAUAAGAGUUGUUUGGAAUGUUUUGACAUAAAAUGACAAGUUUAAAAUGCCCCUGGCAAGGUAAGUUGUGCCCCAGACACUAAGGUUUCUAAUUGCUGCCCUUAUUGUAGGAGGCUUUCCACAUUAAUAAAAAAAUCUUAAUCACAUUUUGUUUUAAAACUUAAGAAAUGCUACCCUCGAAGUUUCCCUUUGUGUUACCAAGGCUGAGCUGCAUGAUAAAAUACUCUUUUGUAACAUGCCCAGAUCUUAGCCACCACCUUUGCAAAAGAAUUAGCCUGAAGCGAGUCUGCUCUCACUCUGCCAAAUUAAACAGUCCUUCAGAUUACAUUGUCAGUAUGGAACAGAGCAUGGUAUAUGCAGGCUAACUAUAUAAUUAUCUGGAUUCAACUGGAUUUUUCAGCAGCAAGAAUACACAGAUACAACUAAUCAGUUUCACUUAUCCUCAGUGCUGUUUACUCUUCUGAACAUACAGUUGCUUCAGUAGUAAUCACAAGAACAUAAUAUUCUGGGUAUCAUUUUUAUCUGCAGAAAAAAGAUAGUCCUCUAGUGGCUCAAAACCCAACAGUCUGCAAGUGGAUGUAUGUAUCAUUUCAUAGUAUGGGUGGAAAGCAAAUGAAUUUAAUCAUAUUUAAAAUUUGGAAUACCUAUUGCAUGAAACUAGGAACGAAACUCAAGACUUGACAAGUGCACAGACUAUCAUUAUGGAGGAGAUGAACAUGGCUUCCUACUAGUCACUCGCUUGGAGUGAAGAGAAGGUACAAAGCUUCUGGAGGCAGAAAACCUUUCUCCAUGGGGACACUUGCUCAGCUAUGGUACUAACUAGGUUAAAAAGCAUUUUUUAAAACCCACAGUUUAAAUAUACAGGAAUGGGACUUUACACUAGAAAUUGCCAGUGAAGAUUUCCUAGCCUAAACUGUACUUAGCUUAUCCGUGAGGCUUUAGUGGACCCCGUGAAGUCAGAAAAUUUUGCUGGAAAGAAUUUAGAUGUUGGUCCUCAGUGGUAUCUGAAGAGAUUUUAAAUAAAAUAGACUUACUGUAGAUUUACUCUUGAACAAAAAACAGUCUAGCAGAAGGUGCUAUGGGUCCAGGCUGAUCAGGUCCAGUAGAUGAAGAUCUGGAAGCCUGGCAAUGGACUGGAUCACUCCAUGAGUCAUGCCGUGUGUGUGUGUGUGUGUGUGUGUGUAUCAAUGGAACUCACUUUAACGUUAACUCACUUUGAGUGUCUGGUGCCUCAUGGGAAAGCUUUGGAGAAAUUGAUUUAGGAACCCUGCUGCUUUUUGCUGGCUUGUUAUUACUGAGGGUAUUUGCAUGAACAUAGAAUUGUUGUUACUGUUGGAGGAAGGUUAAUCUACUCCUGCCUCAUCUCUUGUUUGAAAUUAUAUUUAACUCCAUAGCAACUGAUUGUUGGAGGAUUGAGUUCAAGUGACUGAACCUGCAGCAAUUGAGAAACAAAAUUCCCUAUUUCCACACAAAAUAAGCCUGAGCUGAUUAACCCUUCCCUCCCCACCGUUUCUCCUGUAUGAAGUGACUACCUGCAAAACUCUUUCUGGACACCAGCGUCGGUAUUGAGGCGGCAGUGGCUCUUAACCUAGUCAUACGCUAAGUUAAUGGAGCAAAGUAGAGGGUUCUCUCUUCCUCUUUCAGCAACUAAUGUACACAGUUACUUCUGCCCAGAAUGAAAGGACGUGCCUUGGAGUCAGUGCAUCAUUGAAGUGAAAACUGGGUACUGCAUGGGCUUGCUCUUUAUCACUGGAACUCCCACCAGGAGCUCCCAAUAGCAGUGCUGGGAGACGUACAAGUACGUGAUGGAAGUAUGUAUUCUCUUGGAAUUAAACACUUGUUUUAAACCUGAAAUGUACUAGGCUGUGUGAGCAAAAUCAUUCAUUUUGACACCACUCCGGCAUAUGUAUUAGAAAUAAACCAGUUUCAGCAUAAAACAGAAUGAUCGAGCUAAAUAAGUUUACUGGUUUUUCUCAAAGAAAAACAGAGGAUUGAGUGGGUGUAGUAGGAAGCAUGCUCCUCUAGGCCAGUUUUUUAGUCGUCCUACAAAAUGACUUGUCCAAAAUGCAAAUUGUUGAAAUUAAAAAUCCCUCCCUUCGGUCCUCACCCACCUUUGUUGUGUAUCUAUUUGUACUGUUAAUAGUCUGCAAAUCCAAUUCUCAGUCCAUUUGGAUUUGUUGAAUGGGAGUGACUCUGCUUACAAGGUAUUUUCCUUAUCUGUGAUGUAAGGGACUACAAGUUAUAUUAAAUACCCAAUGUACUACUCUGCAUGACCAGGAUUCAAGCGUCUGAACUGCAAAGUAGUAAAAGCUCGUGUGGAGAAUGUCUAAUUUGGAAACAGUUUUUAGAUUAUUAGACUUUAUAUUAAAAAAAUUUUUACAGAGGAACAGGAAUCUGCUGUUAUCUGUGUUUGGGUGGCAGAACUAGAUAUAAAUUGUGCUCUUGAAAUGAACCGUAGUGAAGGAUUUACAGCUCGCAGACCAAAGGAUGGGAAAUUGGGUUAAGUUUGGGUAGCCUUUUAGUACUAAGUUAAUUUUAAAAACCAGAAUGAAGAGUAUUUUCUCAGCCAGCAGGCGCAUAUGCAACUAUCAUACCACUUAGGAAUAAUAUACCCCGACAGAAUUAUGUAGGACCCUGAUUCUCCAGCUUUUCUUUCUGUGGACCACUUGAUAAGGAAAUGUUCCUCCCAGGGACCAUCUCGUCUCAGAACAUCCCAGUCCUGCUACUCCUUGGCUUUCUAAAUGAUUUGCUGUAAAGAUCAAUGGCAAAUCCUUUUGAAUUGCUCUAAAGUACUGUUUGCACAGGUGUAUUAAUUUGAAAUGCAGAAAAGCACCCUGCAGCUUUUUGUAAUUGAAAUGCAGAAAAGCACCCUGCAGCUUUUUGUAAUUUUUAUUAAGACUAUUGGAAUUCCUUGAAAGGCUUAUUUUGCAUUUUUUUUUAAAAAUCUAUGCCUGUCAAUAUGCACUGAGUAUUGGUUUUUUUAAGUCUACCUCAUGACAUGCUUUUUUUAAAAGGUUAUUGCUCUGAAACAUUUGACACUAAUUUUUCUGUAUAAAUAGAGAAUUGUUACUGUGUUAAAUAGAUGACAUAUCGCUACUAUUUAAAAUGCACAGCACCUGGAGUGACCAUCUAAAACAGCUCAUCACUUUGAAGCGAGACCACUGGAAAGCGCAAGGCUGAUGCUAGAGGUUGCCCUGUUUUGGGGUUUUGCUCAUGUUUUGUGGUGCUUUGUAGUGUAUGUAUAGUGUGUUGUAGGAGCAGAUACGUUUUUAUAUUAAGACCAAUUCCGUCCAUGUAUGCUGUAAGAAUGUUGCCUAACUUUUCUGAUUACAUUUUGCAAUAAGUUGAAUUAGAAUGAGAUGAUUUUAGGUUGUGAUUAUUUAACUACUUUCAAUAAUAGCUGGAAGGUUUCAGUGAAAGCAAAUAGAUUUUACUUCAGUAUAGUUAACAGUACCUUGAAACACUUUUGACUAGUUAGAUGCCUUGCAGUUACAGCUCCAAAAAAUUAUUCUCUCACCACUUUUGUCUUUCUAAUUCACAUUAUCUUGCCUUAUGGAAUUAAAGUGACUUGGAGUAAGCAUUGGAGUUUUUUUUCUAGGUAGCAGAAAAGUUAUACACUUGCUUUGCAUUAAAUUCUGAAAGACUAACCAUCUUCCAUCUCAAUACUAUAUAAGGAGCAAAGUGGGUUAAAUAGAUAAACCCAGAAUUAAGGUAGUGGUUUAUACCAAUAAUUUUUAUCAUCUUUUUGUAUUGGUAUAUUUUAUACCCCUCGUACUAAACCUAUUGCUAAAUUUUAAAGUAUUUCUCAGAGGUAGUGAUCUUAGCUGGCCUGUGAAGUGUGCAAUAUGCUUUCUAAAUGCAUGGUUCAUAUUCAUUAGUUACUGUAGUAAAGUGUAAUUCUUCCACCUUCAGCAUGACUGAGAAGCAGAACUCCCUAGGAAUGUUUACUUUUUAGAAGUGUUUAUGAAAACCACGACUAGUGUGUUUGAAGCCAGUAACUCUUGUAUUUGUCCAGUGACCAUAUUGGUGAAGUGGAGUGCAGUUUUCACAUGUUCCACUAGAGGUCAGAUUUAAAUCACCAGAGCAGGCAACAUUUUUGGCAAAGGAAGAGGGAACAGAGUAAAAAUGAAAUUUACUUUAAAAACAAAAAAAAAGUUUGUAGCUCAGUGAAAAGAUCUAGGUGGCAUGUAUCUAUUUUUGGGGUGGGGAGAAUGGGGAAAAGCAACAUAUAUCUAGAGAUACACUAAAGGAUUAAAGCCCAAAACUUGGCUUGCUUUGUUAAUCUGAAAUCUCCUAGACCAGAUUCUAACUGUUUACAUGGAAAACGGACUAGUGAAAACUAACAUUUUUUCAUUCCUCCUACAAUAUUGUAUUUAUAGGAGGAGUGCAAACACUGUUCCUUAGGGAUGCCACAAAUAAUGCCAAUACAGAAAGAAGUUUAGGUAUUGCAAAGUAAAACUGAAGUCUUCACUAAACAGAGCUCUGUAAAAUUCAGGCUCUUCAUAAUGCAACAAAUAUAUUUGCCACACAGAAACUAAAAACAAAUGCUAGUUUCCAAGUUUAUGAUAAAAAGAAAAA